AUGGACACGCAAGAAGCACAGCUCGUACAAGCUGUCGAAAUUGCAUCCAAUGCAGCGGCUGUCCAGGAUGCGAACCUGGUAAGCCAAGCGCUGGCGUACUUGGAGCAACUGAAGCAGGCUACAGACGAGAGCUGGAGUCUCGGUUGGCGCGUAUGGAUCGCACGGAAUGACGACGGCAGUGCACCGAAGUAUGAGCAUGCUAUCCGUCUGUUUGGCCUGAACCUUGUGGACGAUUUCCUCGACAGACGCGUGCAUGAACAGCCACAGGGCUCGGAAGCGCUCUCCUUCCUGCAGGAAGGCGCCAUGACCUACCUUCAGACGGAGUUUGUCCAUGGACAAGGCGAGCAGGGCGUGGCGUUUAUGAAGAACAAAAUCGCACAGACCUUGGCCUUGCUCACCUUGCAGACGUAUAGCCUGACGUCCUCGUAUACGUUCCUCACUUCGGCGCUGGCCCUUUGCACCGCGCACCCAGACGACGCAGAAGGUAUUCAUGUCGUUGUCACAGACUUGAUGCUGCGAGUGCUCCACGAUUUGUCGCUGCACCUGGGAUCAGAUGUCAUGCUGCGUUCCGUCCGCAGCAAAGAGCGUCUGCAGCGUGAUGCCGUAGUGCGCGAUGAGAUUCGCGCGCAUCAUGCAGCGAGUAUCGCAGAGCUGCUGUGGCGUGUGAUUCGUGAUGCGUUGCAAGCGCUGCAAGCACCUGAUACCGGCGAUGACGCGCCGCAGCAUAUGACCGUACGUACGGCCGGCCACGUAGCUACUGUGGCUAUGGCAGUGGUCGGCGACUAUGCGUCGUGGAUUGAUAUCUCGUUGAUUGUCUCGAUGGAUACGGUGCAUGUCCUGUACAAUGCACUGGACUCGUCGCACCAUGCCUUGCGCUAUGCUACGGCGGACACACUUUGUGAAAUUGUGUGCAAAGGUAUGAAACCUGCGGACAAGCUAGCACUGAUCCAGGGCCUCAGCUUGGAAUCGGCGUUGCAGCAGCUGGAGGCGACGACGCGUACACAGGACGAUGUGCAUACCGAGCUGCGUGAGCACUUAGCCAAACUGGUGAAUGCCAUUGUGACGGAGCUCUGCAAAAUUGCCGAAGAUACCACAGGUGCCGACGCAGAUACGCGCGAGGCGGCACAUACGAGCCUGCUGGCAUUCCUACCGCAGGCCCUCGCCUUCCUGGCCGACGAGUACGAUGAGCCGGCCGAGCAAGUGCUGCCUAGCAUUCACCUUGUGUUGGGUCUGUACAAAAAGACGAAGCGGCACAAUGAGGCCCAUGGCGCUGCGCAGGGUCUAAGUGCACCGCAAAGUGCCUUUGUCUCAGAACUGAUUACGCUGGUCCUGCGUAAGAUGAAGUGUGACCCUGAGAUGGAAUGGGACGAUUCGUCGCUGGUCGGCGGUCCAGCUGAGAUGGACAGCGACGAAUCGGAAGAGGACGAUGAGCAGCUUGUCAAGUUCUACGAGCUGCGUAAGCAGCUGCAAGUGAUUCUCGGGGCGAUUGCAGCCAUGGACGAGCCCCUUGUCUCGAAUACUGUUCAUGCACUUGUGACCAACACGCUAGCAGCGGGGGAUCCGAGUGCGCUGCCAUGGGAGCAGGCGGAAGUGUGUUUGUACGCAGCGUUCUGCUGCGGCGAAGUGCUUUCGUCGGUGCGUGGCAACAAAGUCGGCCUGGGUCCGCACUCGUACGUUCAAGUGCCAGCGGAGCCUGGCAAGCCACGCAAUGUACGUCAGUCGCUGAGUGUGUACCAAUCGCUACCGCCCAACACACUGGGCGAGCUUUUGCAGGUAUUGUUCCGCUCGCGUAUUGGCGCACAUAUGCAUCCAGUGGUCCAGCUGCAGUACUUUGAGACGGUCGUGCGGUAUGCUACGAGCUUUGUCCUGUGGCCAGAUUUGCUGCCUACGGCGCUCGAAGCGUUCCUGGAUCACCGUGGCUUGCGUCAUCCACGUGUAGGUAUGCGCCGCCGCAUCAACUACCUGUUCUACCGGUUUGUGCGUGACACACGCACGGCGAUUCCCUCGGAAUUCGUUCCGAAGCUGCUGGAGAGUAUGCAAGAGGCGCUAGUGGUGCAUGCUACGCUGCCUAGUGUUACGCCGGAGGAAGAUCCCUUGGCGAAGGCCACCGAGAAAGCAAGUGCUUUUGACAGUCAGUUGUACCUCUUCGACACAUGCGGCCUGCUUCUUGCGCAGCUGGGUCAUAUGCCUGAGACACAGGUCUUGCUCUUCAAAGCCAUCACGCAGCCAUUGUCGGAGAAGCUGCAGCAGAGUGUGCAUGCCUUUGCGGCGGAUCCCAGCAACUUGCAGUUGGUACUGCAAGUGCACCAUGUGAUUCUGGCGCUGAGCACGAUUGCCAAGGGCUUCCCAGACUACGAUGCAGCACGCGCGACACAGCCAGCCUGGAUCGAGGAAGUGAAGCCAGUGACGGAGCAGAUCGUGAUGGCCACCACGGCGCUGAAUCGCUUCCUGAUUGUGCGCGAGGCGGCGCGUGGAGCGUUUGCACGCAUUGUGGCGUCGGCUGGCCCGGCUAUUCUGCCCUACAUACCCACCUUGGUCCAUGCGUUGGUCAACGAAGUUACAGAGGCCGAGCUGGUCGACCUAUUGAACUUCUUUGGGCUGCUGAUCCACAAGUACAAGGAGAGCAUUCGCCAUGUGAUGGACGAUUUGCUGAUGGUGCUUAUUACGCGCAUCUUCUCGUUCCUGAACCAGGGCGUCCAAGGCACCGACGAUAUGGUCCGACGUGCAGAUACCGAGCGUGCGUACUUUGGUCUCAUGAAUGCACUGCUGGCCGCCGGCCUCGAUGGUCUUCUUGUCUCGGAGAAGAACAAACCCCAGCUGGAAACGGUCCUGCAAAGCCACGUUUACUAUGCAGAGCAUGGCGAGCCUGUGACACAGCGGGCAGCGCUCAGUGUCUUGACGCGCCUCGUGCCGCUGUGGGGCGGGCAGGAUGAUAAGGCCCUCGCUGGAUUCGACCAAUUUAUGUACGAGGCCCUCUUGCCGCUGGUGUUCCAGAUCCCGGCGAAGGCCUCGUUUGAUACCACGGAUGCCCAGUCACAGCUAGUGCUCGCGGAAUUGAGUGCGCUACUCAAAGCCCUGUCUACAACGCGUGGCGAUGAGUUUGGGCAGUACCUGACGACGGUGUACCUCCCAAGUGUACACUGCCCACCAGAGCUCGCGAUGGAGCUCUUAAAAAACAUACAGACGCUCGAGCCGAAACCGCUCAAGCGCUACCUGGACACCUUCAUAGCCCAAUCGCGUGGCGCGUAG